GCUUCUACUUCUUGUUUAGACCCUCAAACGGCAGUGUCUUGACUCAAUUUUCAAAACUCUAUCCAUAAAACGACGUCGUAUUCCUUUCUUGUCCAAUGAUUAACCAUUUCAUCAGCUGGUCAACCGAACAAGAAACAAAGAAACCGAGUAUAAUUACAGUAUUUAAGAAUUUCCGAGCUUUUAAAGCUAGCAUCUCCAAAUUAUGGAAACAAAGAGUCAAAUAAGCGAAGGAAAUUAUGCUGCUGAUAUCUCCUCCAUACGAGAAGCACAAUUACGCAUCAGUCCAUUUAUUCAUAAAACACCAGUUCUUACCUCAGAUUCUUUAAAUGGCAUUUCUGGAAGAAAUCUAUUCUUUAAAUGUGAAUGUUAUCAAAAGGGUGGAGCAUUCAAAUUCAGAGGGGCUUGCAAUGCUAUAUUUUCCCUUAAUGAUGAUCAGGCAACUAAAGGAGUUGUAACACACAGCAGUGGCAACCAUGCUGCAGCAUUGUCUUUGGCUGCAAAGUUAAGGGGAAUUCCGGCGUAUAUUGUGAUACCAAAAAAUGCUCCAAAAUGCAAAGUUGAGAAUGUCGUACGGUAUGGCGGUAAGAUUAUAUGGAGCGAGUCUUCUAUGCACUCAAGGGAGAGUAUUGCAGCCAAUGUAAUGCAGGAAACCGGCGCAGUGCUUGUUCAUCCAUAUAAUGACGGACGCAUUAUAAGUGGGCAGGGCACCGUGUCACUCGAGCUUCUGGAGCAAGCCCCCCAGAUUGACACUAUUAUAGUUCCCAUUAGUGGAGGUGGUCUAAUAUCAGGGGUGGCAUUGGCUGCCAAGGCCAUCAACCCAUCGAUUAGAAUUUUGGCUGCUGAACCCAAGGGAGCUAAUGAUGCAGCUCUAUCAAAAGCAGCUGGUGAGAUCAUAACCUUGCCUGAAACCAACACUAUUGCUGAUGGGCUCCGAGCUUUUCUUGGAAGUAUGACAUGGCCAGUGGUACGCGAUCUUGUGGAUGAUGUAAUAACCGUGGAAGAUACAGAGAUAAUGGAAGCAAUGAAACUCUGUUAUGAGAUUCUGAAAGUUGCUGUCGAACCUAGUGGAGCAAUUGGCCUCGCAGCUGUUUUAUCUGACCGCUUCCAGAAGAAUCCCGACUGGAACAACUGUAGCAGCAUAGGUAUCAUACUUUCAGGAGGUAAUGUUGAUCUUGGAGUCCUUUGGGAUUCAUACAAACAGUGAAAUCAAACUGAUGUCAAUGGGUGAUUAAUUGAUGAAAUUUUUUACCUUGGUAUAAACAAAUGGUAUGGCAUUAUUUUAUGCAAAUGAGAAUUCCUUUGAUUCCGAUAUGGAAUUAUUACA